GUCAACUUGACUUCAACCAGACACACUUUCAGAUAAAUCCCGCUUGCCCUUAAACAUCCUAUCUUCAGCCAAAUAAGGAGACAUGGGGGGCAAGACUGAGGUUAAGGCCGCCUACUUCGAGAAGCUUAGGUCCCUUCUCGAUGAAUACAAGAGCAUCUUCAUUGUCGGUAUCGACAAUGUCAGCUCUCAGCAGAUGCACGAGAUCCGUCAGACCCUCCGUGGUGAGGGUGUUGUUCUGAUGGGCAAGAACACUAUGAUUCGCCGUGCCAUCAAGGGCUUCGUUUCCGAGAACCCGGAGUUCGAGCGUCUGCUCCCUCACAUCAAGGGCAACGUCGGUUUCAUCUUCACCAACGGUGACCUCAAGGAGACCAAGGAGAAGAUCCUUGCCAAUCGUGUCGCUGCUCCUGCUCGUGCUGGUGCCAUUGCCCCCGCCGAUGUCUGGAUUCCUGCUGGAAACACCGGUAUGGAACCCGGUAAGACCUCUUUCUUCCAGGCUCUCGGUGUCCCCACCAAGAUUGCUCGUGGUACCAUUGAAAUCACGACCGACUUGAAGCUCGUCGAGGCUGGUGCUAAGGUCGGCCCCUCCGAGGCUACUCUCCUGAACAUGCUGAACAUCUCUCCCUUCACCUAUGGUAUGACCAUUCCUCAGGUGUACCAGGAAGGCCAGACUUUCCCGGCAAGCGUUCUUGAUAUCGAGGAAUCUCAGCUCCUUGAGACCUUUACUUCUGCCAUCAAGACCAUCACCGCCAUCUCUCUGGCUGCCAACUAUCCUACUCUGCCGUCCGUCAUCCACUCUCUUGUCAACUCCUACAAGAAGGUCUUGGCUGUGGCUGUCAGCACCGAGUACAGCUGGCCUGAGAUUGAGGAGCUCAAGGACCGUAUCGCCAACCCUGACGCAUACGCCGCUGCUGCUCCUGUCGCUGCUGCUGCUGAGGAGAAGCCUGCCGCCGAGGAGAAGAAGGAAGAGGAAGAGGAAGAGGAGAGCGGUGACGAAGGUUUCGGUGGUCUCUUCGACUAAGCGUUUCCUUGAUGGAAUGCAAUCAUGUAUUAAACAUCCAAAUAACCCCAUUCACGUCGAAUAUGGGGAAAUGAAAAUUUUUACCUUGGUAAAAUACUUGCGGCAUUCUUCAUUGGAAUAUCUUUAAGACAUGGACGUAGUGGUAACCAACUACACUCCGUUGUCUUCCUGUCGUUGCGGAGCUCUACAGGAUAACCGAUCUGCCCCAUUGAUUAAGGCCGAUGGUCUUUCGUAGAUGAAGGAUAACUAACUAGAGAAAAUACUCCGUACAGUAGAAUAGAUGCGAAUGUAAGUGACUCCUAGCCCGUGGUUAGAUUAUUAAGUGAUGAUAAAAGUCCGGUAUUGGUAUUAUUUGCCAUAGAAAUUGAGCAAAUAUGGAACCAUUCUAUUUCCCAGGCAUUCGGGGCG